UAAUGCAGAUGCUUUGAGUCGUCUGCCCUUAACUGACACUGUUCCUGAUGACCGAACACCACCAGAACUGGUGCUCUUACUGGAACAUCUCGAUUCCUCACCGAUCACGGCUGCACAUAUCAAAGAGGCUACCAGACGAGACCCAGAACUCUCUACUAUUCACCAGUAUGUGCAACAAGGAUGGCCACACCGUUCCGCCAUGGAAACCAGUCUAAUGCCCUUUUAUGAGCGACGAGAAGAACUUUCAGUACAUGAUGGUUGCUUGCUGUGGGGAAAUCGUGUGGUGGUACCCAAGACCUACCGAGGUGAUGUGCUCGUACAACUGCACGAAGGACAUCCUGGCACCACUCGCAUGAAAGGACUAUCGCGUAUGUAUGUGUGGUGGCCUGGUAUUUCGAAAGACGUCGAAGAGACGGUACAAGAUUGCAUUCCCUGUCAACAACAACAGUCAAAACCACCUGUUGCCCCACUCCAUCCUUGGGCUUGGCCUACACGCCCGUGGGCCAGAUUGCAUAUCGAUUAUGCUGGUCCCAUUCACGGACAAAUGUUUUUGAUUAUCAUUGAUGCCCAUUCAAAAUGGAUUGAAGCAAUUCCAACAUCUGGCUCGACAUCCCGAGUAGUGAUCGAAGAACUACGGUUUUUGUUUUCUCAAUUUGGCCUACCAGAGUGUGUUGUGUCUGACAAUGGCACAUGUUUCACUAGUGCAGAAUUCAAAGGAUUCCUGAAGAAAAAUGGUAUCAACCAAAUUCUGUCUGCCCCUUAUCACCCCUCUACAAAUGGCCUGGCUGAACGAGCAGUGCAAGUAGUUAAGAAGGGACUUAAGAAGGAAACAAAAGGUUCGAUGCGCAGUAGACUUGCAACGGUGUUAUUUGCUUACAGGUUAACUGCACAGUCAACCACUGGACAAUCCCCAAGUGAACUUUUGUUAGGUCGUCGACCACGAUCUCGUCUAGAUCUGCUUAAACCGAACACAGCAGAGAGAGUUGAACGUCAACAAGCAAAACAGGUGAAACAACACGACAACCGUGCUCGCGAAAGAAGUUUUGAGCCCGGAGAUCUGGUGUAUGUCAGAAAUUACCAGUCAGGAAAUCGUUGGUUACCGGGUGUGAUACAGGAAAAGACAGGACCAGUAUCGUUUCGAGCGAAGAUGCAGAAUGGUCAAGUGCGAAGGUGUCAUGUGGACCAGGUUCGGAACCGAACAGUAGACGAACCUACCGAGCCAGAAGAGGUCCCUAUUCCGAAUGCAAUUCUUCCUGACGAAUUGACCACACCGUAUGCACCUCAAGCUGAUAGUACUCCUGGAAACAGCUCCCCGUCACCUGAAGUUGGUGUAGAACCACCUGUCGACGUCCCUAGUCAAGGUGUUGUCUCAAAACCUGCAACUGCGAUUAAAGUAUACCCUAAGCGUAACCGUAAGACUGUGGAUCGAUAUGAACCUAAAUGGUAGUUAUUGAUUGGAAACUGGUAUUUUAUUGGUAUUGUUUUGUCAUUAGUUGGAUGAUUUUUGUCAUUAGUUAAUUUUGUGAGUCCUCACUAAAGGAAGGAGGAAUGUUGUGGUUUAGUUUACUUUCUGUUCUAUGUG